UGAGGCUCAAAGUGGGGGCUCUAGUGGACAAGGGGGGCACGCUCCAGGACUUAUUCCAACCCCAGAUGCUGCCUGAGGCUUCCCUCCAGCUCCCCCUCCCUUCUUUUCCUCCCUUUUCUCCCUCCCUCUCUUUCCCUUCCUCCCUCCCCCUCCAGGCUGGCGUGCCAGGGGGUGGGACAUGCCAAUCACUGGCUGUGCCUCUCCCGCUGCCAGCACAGGGCGCAGCUCCCCCCCGGGAGCCAGGUGUUUGGGUCCCAGGAGACACCACCGGCCCCUGGAGAAGCAGUGGAGCUGAGGACCCUACAGACCCCUCUCCAGCCCCAUGGUGAUGCCCUUCCUCUAAGGAAACCUUUAGCGUGACACUGGAGGAAGGGGUUGUCCCCCUCCUCCCAUCUGGCCAUGAUGAACACUUCAGCCCCACCUGCUGUCAGCCCUAACAUCACUGUCCUGGCACCAGGAAAGGGUCCCUGGCAAGUGGCUUUCAUUGGGAUCACCACGGGCCUCCUGUCUCUGGCCACAGUGACAGGCAACUUGUUGGUACUCAUCUCCUUCAAAGUCAACACAGAGCUCAAGACAGUCAAUAACUACUUCCUGCUGAGCCUGGCCUGUGCUGACCUAAUCAUUGGCACCUUCUCCAUGAACCUCUAUACCACAUACCUGCUCAUGGGCCACUGGGCGCUGGGCACACUGGCCUGUGACCUCUGGCUGGCCCUGGACUACGUGGCCAGCAAUGCCUCCGUCAUGAAUCUGCUGCUCAUCAGCUUUGACCGCUACUUCUCUGUGACCCGACCCCUGAGCUACCGUGCCAAGCGCACUCCACGCCGGGCAGCUCUAAUGAUUGGCUUAGCCUGGCUGGUUUCCUUCAUCCUCUGGGCCCCAGCCAUCCUCUUCUGGCAAUACGUGGUAGGGGAGCGGACAGUGCUAGCUGGGCAGUGCUACAUCCAGUUCCUCUCCCAACCCAUCAUUACCUUUGGCACAGCCAUGGCUGCCUUCUACCUCCCUGUCACAGUCAUGUGCACACUCUAUUGGCGCAUCUACCGGGAGACAGAGAACCGGGCACGGGAGCUGGCGGCCCUGCAGGGCUCCGAGACACAAGGCAAAGGAGGUGGCAGCAGCAGCAGCUCAGAGAGGUCACAGCCAGGGGCAGAGGGCUCACCAGAGACUCCUCCAGGCCGCUGCUGUCGCUGUUGCCGAGCUCCCAGGCUGCUGCAGGCCUACAGCUGGAAGGAAGAAGAGGAAGAGGAUGAAGGUUCCAUGGAGUCCCUCACAUCCUCGGAGGGUGAGGAGCCUGGCUCUGAAGUGGUCAUCAAGAUGCCCAUGGUGGACCCCGAGGUGCAGGCCCCCACCAAGCAGCCCCCUAAAAGCUCCCCGAAUACGGUCAAGAGGCCCACCCGGAAAGGGCGUGACCGAGCUGGCAAAAGCCAGAAGCCCCGUGGGAAGGAACAGCUAGCCAAGCGGAAGACCUUCUCACUGGUCAAGGAGAAGAAGGCAGCCCGAACCCUGAGUGCCAUCCUGCUGGCCUUCAUCCUCACCUGGACACCGUACAACAUCAUGGUGCUGGUGUCCACCUUCUGCAAGGACUGUGUUCCUGAGACCCUGUGGGAGCUGGGCUACUGGCUGUGCUAUGUCAACAGCACCAUCAACCCCAUGUGCUAUGCACUCUGCAACAAAGCCUUCCGGGACACUUUCCGCCUGCUGCUGCUCUGCCGCUGGGACAAGAGACGAUGGCGCAAGAUCCCCAAGCGCCCUGGCUCUGUGCACCGAACCCCCUCCCGCCAAUGCUGAUGGCCCCCUUUCCUGCAUCCUUCCACCCCAGCCCCAGGGAGAGGUCGAUGGAAAGCGGGCAGGGGCUGUGUCCUCAGCCCCAGGGCCCAAUCGAGCCUGACCGGGCUUCCCGGUCUCCUGGGUCACCUUCCUGGACAGCCCAAGGAGACCUUGCCAGCUUUCCAAACUUUGCUAUUCCCAGGCAGGGAUUGAAACCUGGGGAACUGGUUUUUUGUUCCCUGCUGUGUGGGAAUGGGUUCUUCACCAGGAAGGCCAGGGGGGAGGAUCCGGGCUUUGGACUCCUUGUUUGCCUUUAUUCAGGAAGUCAGGAGCCAGCAGGGCGGGCAAGGAGUUUAACAUUGCAGUCUUCUUUGGCCCAGCAGGGAACCUGGCUUGCAGUGGUUGAUAGUGCCCCCUAGGGCUUACUGCAAGGAAUUGACACCAACCACUGAGAAAGAAAAACUUGGCUCAGAGAGAGCUGGGGAGAAUCCCUGGCUGAGAUCCCCUUCCUGCACAGGCAGAGCCUCACCAGCUAUGCCCUCACACACUCUCCGAGGAUUGUCCAGCCUCCCUACAAAUGUCUCCAGAGCAUCCCUAUAUGGGUCACUUCUGAGGCAGGAGAUGGUACCUGAGGGGAUCAAUUUGGCUGGUCACAUAUCAAGUCCCAAGGCAGCAGCAGGACCAGACACCAGGCAUCCUAACUGUCCCACUAUGUCAUUUUCCUAGGGGACAAGGGCAUGGGAACUUGCUAUCCAGCCCCACACCCAUCAUCCCCUCCUCUACCCCAGAGUAACCUCAGUCCCUCCUUCCUGGCUUAUAGCCACCACCUGGAUGGAUCUGCUGGAUCUGUUCUGUGCAGAUCUAGCCAGACCUCCUGCAUGCUGCCUGCCUCUAGCCCUGCCCCACACAGGCCUGGCCCAGCCAACAGGUUCUCUCCUGUGAGCUCCCCAAUCCAACCAUGCAUGGCCUCCCAGCCACACUUCCCUCCAGGCCCAGCCUGGCCCCAAAUGUUCUUUCCUUCCAUCCUCAGCGUGUGCUGAGUCUGUGAAUAAAGCCACAUAACCAGCAGGCA